GGCAUCGCCCCCUCUCCCCCACUGAGUAAAAAGCCCUUCCUUCCUUCCUCAGUGGGUUUCCUGGAAGAAAAGAGGAAGAGAGUUCUCAAGAAACAGAAGACUCAGGAACCAAACACACACAAACACUGCCAUCCAUCUGCCACAAAGCAAUGGCACUCCCUUUCUGUCUCCAUCUCCCCACUUAAAGUAUUUUUUUGGGAAAUGCAGCGAGGUCCUUGCUCUUUGCAAGCACAUUUUUUAAAAACCCCACGAAAACAGCAGGCAUAAUGUUAAAACAAGAAUAGUCCUAAAUGAAGCAGAAAAUAAUCUGACUGGCAUGAAAACAACACAACAGCCAAAUAAAUGUUACAAAAAUGGGAGGGAAAUGAAUCAAUAAUUUAAUUUUUUAAUUUCAAAAAGAUAAAAAUACAAAGUUACAUUGAUGUAUCAAGCGAAGGAAAUAUUUAAGAAGCUACUGAGUACAAGGAAAGUUGAUGACGUGGUUCCCAACAACCCUCUGGUCCACUCUGGGAACAACCAAGUCUCUUAUCUGCCCCACCAGUGCUUUGCACUUCUCCCCAACACGGAGGGAGGUCCCUUGGGCAAGUGCUGUGUCUCAGCCUGGAUUGCAAUGAUGGAGCUGCAGCCCAAGGACCGGCCACAAGGACCCUUGGGCUGCAGCUCCCUCUUGCGACCCCAAGGAGCCCUGUGUGGCCCUUGACGGCUGCAAGGAGAGGCACCUGGGUCCUGCAGCUCCUCCCUACCAACAACCUCUUCACCACAUCCUCCCCUCCUCCAUCCUGCUGACUGACGUCAACACAGAGCGGAGUUUGGUUAUUACUCAGCAGGGCUUUGGGUUUUUUGCCUCUGAAAGGGAGCCAGAGAGAGGGAACAGGGUCCACAGGUGACACGGUGGCAGCCAAACAGCAGAAGGAAGAGGGAGACGAACACUAACUCUGUCAAAAAGGUGCAGGCCAGACCCCCAUUGCCUGCAUUGGAAGAGGAGGAGGAAGAGGAGGAGGUCCAGUCCAUGGCUCCCUGUCCGGUGCUGCUCCUGCCUCUGCUGCUGCUCCUCCAGCAGACCUGCUCUUUGGAUCCGGCUUGUGAGGAGCUCACCUGUUUCAUGGACUACCUGGAGAUGCUGGCCUGCACCUGGGGAGAGGAACCCCACCCCUCCAGGCCCAACUUCUACAACCUCACGGCACAGUGGAACUGUGGGAAAAACGAAUCCUGUCUCCUCCUCCCCGUGGAUGGGAAAAUCCCCCCAACACACUUUGCCUGUUUGGCGGAGCAGAAGCUGUGCCUUGGAGAUAAAGCCUUUGAGGUGAGGGCCACAGAAGCUACACCUGGAGCUGUCAAGGGAUGCCAGAGGACGUUCCUCUUGAAGAAGAACAUCAAACCACAGCCCCCCUUCAACCUGACAGUCUCUGCCUCCCCCUCGGGGUACAACAUUUCCUGGGAGACCCCCUACCAACACCGGAGUUACCUCCUCCUCAGGGACCACCUGCACCACCAGCUGCGCUUCCAGAAGAGGGGCCGCUCCUGGCAGGGCCAAGCCCAGAAGCACCUCCUCCUUCAAGACACAAGGUUCCUGUGGCUCGAGUCCCUGGAGUUCGAGGCGGGCACAGAGUAUGAGCUCCAAGUGCGGUCCCAGCCAAGGUCCCCUUAUGAAGGCACAUGGAGCACCUGGAGCCCCCCAGCCUUCCUCUCCACGCCCCCUAAGACCUCCGACAGCCGCAAGGAGCCCAGAGGGCCCUCCAAGUGGCUGCUGCUGUCUCUGGUCCUUCUCCCUGUGCCCCUGGCUUUGCUGGGCCGGAGGUUGUGGAAGAGACUGGAGUCCUUUAUCCCCAGCCCCGCACCCUUCUUCCAGCCACUCUACCUGAGCCACAAGGGUGACUUCAAGAAAUGGGUGGGCAGCCCUGGCCCCAGUACCAUGCUGGAGGUCUCAGAGUGGUGUCCUGGAGUAGGGCCAGAAGCACUUGGGAGGGGCAGCUUCAAGCUCCUGGCAUUGCUGCCCCCCUGUGAGGUUGGACAUGGGGGCCAUGAUGGCGCCGGAUGGGCGGAGCCCCUCCCCAUGCAAGAGCAGCCCUGUGGCCUCCUCUCCAUUGACACCGUCACCGUGGAUGAUGCCUGGAUUGGGGCCUGUUGCCCACAGUGUGGCCACUGUAUUGCUGAGGAGCCCCUCCAUGCGGAAGAGGAGGGGGAAGGCAAGUGGGUGGAUGUGAGGGAUGCCUACCGCAGGAUUGAAGACAGCAGCAAUGGGGAGCCCCUGUUGGAGAGCCCUCCUGAGAGGAAUCCUCAUCUCCCCUCCUCCCCCUUGCUUCUCUCCAACGAUGCCCCAGCCACUCCCCCUCCCUUUCAGGGUCAGGUGCAGGGCUCCCUGGGCAGGGGUCCUGCAGAGGGGCCCUUGUUCUUCUUUGGCCCAACUUUGGCUCUCCUGCCACCUCCUGAGCGCAGCCUUAUGAUCCCAGAGGAGGAAGCCCCUUCCUACAGCACCCUGCUGUCCCUCUAUUCGGAGGCCGAAGAUGAGGGGGACCCUGAGGGUGGCCUGGACCUGGACACUAUUGACAGCGGCUUUAUGGACUGUGACUCUGGAAGCCCUCUGGACCCGGAGAGUGGAAAAAAGCCCCCCAACGAAGAAGGUGAAGCAGCUGCAGGGGAUACUGAAGAGAGGGAGGCCUCCCUGCCAAGUUACGUCAAGCAGUGGGUCUCUGGCCACAAGCUCAAGGCUUGAGGGUCCGGAACUGACCUAUCCAACCCCUUGUUCCCAAUUGUGGCCUCUGUUUUGUCUGCUGCCAGAAGACAACUUCCUAAAAGAAAGAGCAAUGGAGGCUGCCCUGCAACAGGCAGGAAGGGGGGGUGAGCUCUUCUGUGGGGCAGUUAUUGGGCCUCCAGAUGAUUUCGGACUGCAGUUCCCAUCAGUGCCCCUAGUCAGCAAUGCCAAUGCUAAAAAAACUGGAUGUCGCAGCCCAACAACACCCAGAACUUUUGCGUGCUUUUACUGACACUUUUCCACUGUUUCCCUCUGUAUUUGUUUCGGUCUUUGUAAUGUUCCUUGAGGGGCUGUAUGGGGUGGGAGGGACACAGGACAUAAUGGAAUAAAAAAACAACAGCUGCAACAUCUAGA